GGGAGGCGGCUGAGCCCUGAGCCCCCCAACAGGCCCCGCCACCUGCGGGUGCCACCCCGCCCUCCACCUGCUGCCUGCCCCUCAGGGUCCCGCGUUCUCCCUCGCUCCUUCAGCCAUGCCGCUGUGGUUCCUGCUCCUGGGGGUGCUCUCCUGGCCGACAGUCCAAGCCGAAUCUGGCCAGGGUGGCAUCUGCUGGCUUCGCCAGGGCCGUGAGGCUCAGUGCAGCCUGAUCCUGAGGGCAGGUGUGAGCUGGGAGGAGUGCUGCUCUGCGGGUAAUAUAGAUACCGCCUGGUCGAAUUACACUUAUCAGGGUAACAAGAUCAGCCUGCUGGGCUUCCUGGGCCUGGUGACCUGUCACCCCUGCAAAGAGACCUGUGAGGGAGUGGACUGUGGUCCAGGCAAGGUGUGCAAGAUGCACAGCGGACGGCCCCACUGCGCCUGUGCCCCGGACUGCUCAGACCUUCCCAUGCAGCUGCAAGUCUGUGGCUCUGACGGGGUCACCUACAGGGACGAGUGUGAGCUGCGGACAAUCAAGUGUCAGGGGCACCCAGACCUGGGAGUCAUGUACCAAGGGCAUUGCAAAAAGAGCUGCUCCCUCGUGGUGUGCCCAGGGACUCAUACAUGCGUGGUGGACCAAACUGGCAGUGCCCACUGUGUCAUCUGCCGCUCUGCCCCCUGCCCUGUGCCCUCGAGCCCCAACCAGCAGCUUUGUGGGAACAACAAUGUCACCUACGCCUCUUCCUGCCACCUUCGUCAGGCCACCUGCUUUCUGGGCAGAUCCAUUGGCGUCCGGCACUCCGGGAGUUGCACAGUCAGCACCACGUUUGCUGGGCUUUUGGCGGAGGUGGAGGAUAACUCCGUGUGACGUGACGCCGCAGGUCCUGCACAGAGCCAAGGCAACCCUAUUUAUUAUGAAAACGGAGGCAUAUUUAUGGCCCCCCAGACUCCAGCUGUGUUCUCUCUUCUAGACAACUCCCAGAGACCCUUGUUGAGGAGGGGAGAAAUUGGGAGGAUUAUUACAGCCUGACCGGAGCUGCCACGAGCCGCCGGUGG